UUGGCUGGCAGUCACACGGUACCGUACAGGAGCACCGUCUUUUCUUCCGCAGCGUAACGGACAAGAAACUCCCCGACUUCACGGAUUUAUACCCGGUUUAGAGACUUUAUCCUCGGUGGGACUGUCACACCUCCACAUCUGCGACAGAGGACCAUGUUUCUCCUGCAGUACACCGGGCUCAACGCUCUGCCCUUUGACCCGACGACCAACAACGACCCUCUCCACUUCAACAGCUCCAACGGGCCGCUCAUGUCAGAGUGUCCAUCCCUGGAAAACACGGUCGAAAACGGCAAGAAAAGGAAAAGACCCAGUUUGCCUCCAGACGCGAACCGUAACCUGACAAUGGCUUCUAACUCCAUGACGAUGCCCAUGUCAGACCCCAGCGCCUGGGCAACAGCCAUGAGCAACCUGGGGAUGCCUCCGAUAAGCAUGACUGGACAGCAGCUCAUGCCAGAUUUUGACCCCAGUCUUGGGCUGAUGACUGGCAUUACCCCCAUAAAUCCCAUGAUGCCCGGCCUGAGCCUGGCGCCCCCUCCCCUCUCCCAGGAUGCACCAGCUGUCAAGGAGAUCAUCCACUGCAAGAGCUGCACGCUGUUUCCUCCCAACCCCAACCUUCCGCCUCCGGCAACGAGGGAACGCCCUCCAGGGUGUAAGACGGUAUUUGUCGGCGGUCUGCCUGAGAACGCCACAGAGCAGCUCAUCGUGGAGGUCUUCGGACAGUGUGGGGAUAUCGCUGCCAUCAGAAAGAGCAAAAAAAACUUCUGCCACAUCCGAUUUGCUGAGGAGUUCACUGUGGACAAGGCCCUCCUCCUCUCUGGUUAUCGUAUUCGUUUGGGCUCCAGCACAGACAAAAAAGACUCCGGCCGUCUCCACGUGGACUUUGCCCAGGCCAGAGACGACCUCUACGAGUGGGAGUGUCGGCAGCGCAUGUUGGCCAGAGAGGAGAGGCACCGCCGCAAGAUGGAGGAGGAUCGCCUCCGGCCGCCCUCCCCUCCUCCCAUCGUCCACUACUCAGAGCACGAGUGCAGCGAGCUGGGAGACAAGAUCAAAGAUGAUAACAAGUUUCCCGGAGCAGUGCGUGUGCUCCUGACCUGGCUGGAACGAGGUGAAGUCAACCGCAGGAACGCCAACAACUUCUACUCCAUGAUUCAGUCGUCCAACAGCCACAUCCGCCGGCUGCUGAGUGAGAAGAGUCAACACGAGAAGGAGGUGGAAGAGGCCAAAGACAAGUUCAAGACCGCGAUGGCCACCAUACUCGCUCAGUUUGAACAGAUUGUGUCGGUAUUCCACGCUGCGUCCAAACAAAAAGCAUGGGACCAUUUUUCCAAAGCUCAGCGGAAGAACCUGGACAUGUGGCGCACACAGGUUGAGAAGAUUAGAAACAUGCAUAAUGAGCAGUUGAUGGGAAUCAGGGGAGAAGAGGAGAUGGAGAUGUCCGACGAUGACAUGGAGGACGCCUCCGCCACCAACAGUAAAGACUCUGAGGACUCAGGUGUUUCCCAAGCCGAAGUCUUAAAGGAGGAGAACGACUCCCUGCGCUGCCAGCUGGACGCCUACAGGAACGAGGUGGAGCUGCUCAAACAGGAACAGGGCAAAAACCAACCAAUCAGCAGUGAGGAGGACAACACACACUCUCAGCAGCUCCGCUUCCUGCAGCAGGCUCUGCAAGGCAUGCAGAAGCAACUGCUGAGGAUGAGGGACGAGUUGAAGGACCGAGAGGCAGAGCUCGAGAAGAGUAUAGAAGACAAACAGCAGCUGGAGAACCAAAUCCAUGACCUUAAGUCAGGGCUGAACAACCUGCAGAUAAACACAUCACAGGAUGUAACGGCAUCAUCGGUGGUGUCCUGCAGUCAGGACAGGGAAGGUCAUCCAGACAAGAAUCGUCUCGGUCCUGUUCACUCUGAGAGGGACGCCCUGCUAGUCGGGAUCAUUUCAACCUUCCUGCACGUCCACCCGUUUGGAGCCAGCAUCGAGUACAUCUGUUCCUACCUGCAGCGUUUGGACACCAAGAUUAACACCAGUGAGGUGGAGGCCCUUCUCUCUCGCCUGCCCUGCACCUUCAGACAGGAACUGACCGGUGUCGGAGCCAGUCUGGAGAAACGCUGGAGCUUCUGCGGCUUCCAGGGCAUCAAGAGCACAUAGGACUCUGCUAGGUGACGCUUCUUGGACGUGGAAGAGACAACAGGUAGCAGCUGCAACACAGGUACAUGGAGGACACACAAGAAAUGUUUGGUUGAACUCACAGCUGAUGGAGACGCUGGAUUCCAGUUGCAAAGACAAGAGUGCAAAUGAUUCACUGCAGAUUUCAGAUCAGGAAGGGUGUUCUGUGUAGGCGUCACAGAGAUAAAUAUACAGUUUUUUUGUGAUCACAAAUUAAUUGGCUGCAUCUCUAUGGUGACCAAGAGGUGGAUGUAUCUCUAUGGUGACAGACUCGUCACCGCUCACUCUCCUUUUUUUUUUUACACAUGGGAUUCAGCCAAAAGUCCCAAUCUCAGCGGAGUAAUGAGGUUGGUUGUAUUUUUCUACUCGAGCCCACAGUCGGCUCAGCGUACUGUCAGAACUGGACUAAAGGGCUACACAGGAAGGUCAUCAGGGUCGACUUUUAACCUCAAAACCCUCUGGCUUCCUUUUUUGCCUCCUCUUGAUUUUGUACAAUCAUGUGAAAUAAAUUCUUACA